GAAUAAAUAGAUUACUAGUUCUGGUUUCUGUCUAGUAAAGGCUAAAAGUUUCCCGAAGUGGAAAUGGAUGUUGACCCAGAAAUCAGAGAUAGAUUUAAGGAAGGCAGAUCGGUUUGUAUCAUCUUAUCACAGAGAAAAAUCAGAAGAGAAAAUCAAAGAAAGAUGAGAAGAAUGUCAAAAUCUUUGACUGGUGUAGCUAAGGCCACGGUUUCAAGAUCCAAAGGACGUGCGGUGGCAUCAAGCCAAUGGUAUUCUACAGUUCCUCCUCCAAAGGACGAAGAUCUUGAAGAAGAAGAAGAUGGAAAAGAGGAAGAAGUAGAAAAAGAAGAUGAGUGGUCGCUCAAGGGGAAGAGGUUCAUUGCUUUCCCCGAGAGCAUCGGCGGUGGCUUUUUGGUCGAUGAGAAGAAAGAAACCAAGAAAUCCUCUGGGGGCGCUUUUGGGCAAGGGACCCACAGGAACUACGACCAGGGGACCGGGAAACCAGAUUAUGGGGGUGGUUGCAGUGGGUGUCAUGGAUGCAGUCGUUGCCCGGAAUGUAACGGUGGGUGCCGUUACCGCUCCGGUGGCUCCAACUAAUAAAUGUAGUUUUAAAUAUUUAAAUAUGUCUGUGUUCUUUUCUUAGUUUUUAAAAUGUGUUUUUCUUUGUCAGCAUUGUUUGGUCUUUGACUCUUUGGUGUGAUGCGUGUAGUAAGCUUAAUUAAAGUUAAUGAAAUGUCAAAUUUUUA